CAUCCAGUCUGUUAUCCGCAGCACCCUACAUACAUUACUCCGUCUCCACACUCCAGCUUCUCUUUCCACUUUCCUAUCUCCAUCUGCAGGCAGCAUGGAUAACCGUACCCCAAAAUACCCCACGACUUACUACCCCCCGAGGAGACCGAGACGCGGAGUAGGCCACUGGGUUCCGCACGCGCUGACGGUCGAGCCCGCCAUCGCAGCCGACAUCCCCUCUAUCGUAUCCAUCAUUUGCCGGUACGCCCCGAAGAUCGACCCACGCUUCGACGGUAUCUUCCCACGGCGCACGCGAUUUCCCGGCGACUUCCGGCAAUUCAUCACGGAGCGGCUAACCGAAUUCUUCGAAUCCCCGCAAUACCACCUCCUCUCGGCGGUAAUCCACAUUGACGGGCAAGAUCCGCGGUGCGGCUGCCCCGUCGAAAGGCCCGGCACGCUGGUCGUCGGCUUCGCACUGUGGGAGCGCGUGGGCCGCGGGAAACAACUCGAGAUCAUAGAGAAGAUCUCCGGCUACGGCUGGCUCACGCGGCUGGUACGCAUCAUUGCCGCCACCGUCACCGCCCCGCUAGCGUUCAACCUCGCAGUCAACCACGAGGAGUACGAGGCGUACGUCGCCGCUCGCGAGAUGCAGGACGCAGAGUUCUCGAUAUACCACGCGGAGCACUGGCGGCUGCACGCGGUGGUUGUGAAUCCGCGCUGGAGCUCGUGGGGGGUCGGGAAGAAGCUCAUCUCGUGGGGUUUGGAUAAGGCGCGCGAGGACGAUGUCGCCGUCGAAGCGGAGACUACCCCCCUCGGUACGCAUUGCGAGGAGCUUUUUGUUCGCUUGGGGUUCACCAGGUUCGGGAAGUUUAUGCCGACGGUGAAUGGGGUUUUUAUGGGCACGACCAUGCGUUGGCAGCCGUGGAUGUCUCCGCCGAAGAUGCGCAUGGCGAAGUUGGACGCGGGCGCGGAGAAGGUGGGAGAGAAGAAGAAGCCAUUGGUCAGGACGGAGCCGGAGGUGUGUACUUGCUAUGGAUAGUACGCAACUGGUGGGCGCGGGGUUCCGCUGGUCGGAAUGGUUGGGCUGUGUACGAUUAUGAACUGUGACGGAG